AUGCAGUGCUCCAUACCAAUUCCACGAGACCACAGCAUCGCUGCCAGUGAGCAGAACACCAUGUCUUCCAACCUCAUGGACACCGAGAAAGGCGGCGAGCAGACCCAAUACGAAGGCGAAUACACCGACGUGCAACCCCACAAGAAAUCCGGCGGCCAGCUCGGCGAGACUGCAACAAUGACCGAUCCCUCCCAAACAGACGCCGCAAAGCAACAAGCCGCAGCACGAGGUGAACGGACGGCGGAGAAUAUCCGGUAUGGACAGACGAUCUCGGAGGGGGGCAUGAGUGGCUUUACGACGGGUCAGCAGGGCGGUGCCACGCAGGGAGGGUAUGGGCAGGUGCAGGGUUCUGCGAAGGAUGGUGGUGAGGGUGAUGGCGAUAGUGCGGAGAGUCAGAGGAGGAAGGCGGGAUAUGGUGGGGAAAGUGAUCAUAAUAGGGAGGUUGGCGCAUGA